AUGUCAUCAUCUCCUAAAAAAACCCCAAAUUUGCACGGUAAAUCAUUAGCACCAUCCGACAUACACAUCGUUGUUGAUAAUUCAAACCGUUUUAUUGGUACUCAACAUGGUCAAAAUGCAAAUGGGCAACAAGAUGCUGCUAUUCGUAUUAAUGUUGAAAAUUUUGUUAAAAUUAUUGAAGAUAAUAGAGAUUUACAGAAUACAAAAACAAGAAUUGUGGGUGGUAGCACUCCGCCUCGUACAGCACGAGUUUGGAGUGAAUUCGAGAAAUGUAAUUAUACACGUUUACUCGGUGAUCGAUCAAUGUGCAACAAAGUAUGAUAUAACAUUUUUCUUUCUGAUUUAUUUUAGUUACAGAGAAACGAGAGAUAAAAUUCUAUCAGAAUAUCUAUUCUAUUUUAUUUUAUAUGACUCAAUUUCGAAUACGAAGUUUUUUUCUUCUUAAAUUGUAUUUCUGAAUAUUUUCAAAAGAUAAAGUCUUUUAAUGUUUCGAAUAUCUUAGUGAUUUUAUGAGAAAAUAUUUCUUCUUUUAUAACUUUACAUCUAAUAUACAGGGUGGACCAAAAGUCACUUUGCCGAGAAAAAAUUGGGUAUCUUCAUUACGGCUGGACCGAGCGGGCUCAUUUUUUUUGUCAAGGAUAAAGACAUGUUCACAUUCUAAAUCCAUACGGACAAGGUCAGUGAGAACCUUUGUUAACUAUAACUAUUGACUUUGAUAAGAAAAUUUUGCCUUUUUACAGGUAGGAAAAACACCAGUACACAGGAUGGUGCAAAAGUCACUUUAUCGAGAAGAAAAUUGAAUAUCUCUAUUACGGCUCGAGCAAACGAGCUGAUUCUUUUACCAAGGAUAGAGGCAUGUUCACACUCCAAAUCCAUACGGACAAGAUUAGUGAGAACCUUUGUUAAGUAUACUAUUUUCUUUUCCUAUCUAUGAAAAAGUAACAUUUUCUUGUUGAGGUCAAUAGUGAUACUUAACAAAGGUUCUCACUAACCUUAUCCGUAUGGACUCGAAGUGUGAACAUGCCUCUAUCCUUGGUAAAUAAAGUCAGCUCCUUUGCUCGAGCCAUAAUAGAGAUAUUCAAUUUUUUCUCGGUAAAGUGACUUUUGGUCCACCCUUUAUUUGUGGACUAAGCAGCAUUGAUUAUGCACAAAAAUCAUAAAAGCGAUUUCAAGAUGUUCGAAAGAAGUGUAUGAGUAUAGAUGGAUAAGAAAACAUUCACAUGCACCAUAAUCUAUUGUUUUACCCAUUUUUAAUUAUAGGAAGUGUUCCUAGAUGAUAUGUUGCAUUCUCAAAUUCAAAGUCUGAUUUUGAAAUCUUUGUUACCUCGACGAAACACACAACAAACUCUUAUACUAAUUAGUGGCGAUGGAAAUGCAAAUGAUAAUCGAACAAGUUUCCCUGAAAUAGUAAUCAUGGCAUUAGAACAUGGGUGGAAAGUAGAAAUAUGGUCAUGGAAAGCAUCCUUAAGCAAGAAGUUUUUUGAUAUUCAACAAAAAUAUCCUUCAAAAAUGAAAAUAAUGCAUUUAGAUACAUAUAGAUCUAAAAUAACUUUUAAACAAAAAUCAAAACAAAAGCAACAGCAACUUGAUAAUCAUCUUCGAUAUUGGAUAUUUCCAGUUUUGAUACUCUCAAUAUUUCUGGGCGCAUACUUAUAUUAUUUCCAGAUGUUGUAAGACUGUCACUCAACAUAAAGAAAAAACAUAGAAUGAUGCAACAAUAAAAUCAAGCCGUAAUACUCUAGAGAGAAUUGUUAAACAUUAGUUGUAUGGGUGUGAGAUUUGUGGGUGUACAUAUGGGUAUGAGUCUAUGCUUUAUCUACGAUGUGGGUGUGAGUGUGGGUGCGUGGGUUGGGUGUGGGUAUGGGUGGCUCAAAAUUGGGGUAACGACUACAGACUCACCCGCAUCCGCACCUUCACACCCCACA